UUUUUUUCUAUGUUGUGCGUGCAUUUGUGUUGUCCGGUGUUUGAAGACGCUUGGAAUUCGCUUUCAAUUUCUUCGUAGGAAAAAUGUCGGGUGAUACCGAUAAAGCAAAAAUCAGUGACAAUCAGGAUGAAGACAAGAAAUCCAGUACUGGCGAUGGUCAAACAACUGAAGACGAGUCAUCCCAGGACUCGAAGGGUGAGUCGCUGCGGUUUCAAGAUUCUGAGGCCCAAGGUAACGCUGAUGUAGAUCAACCAGAUGCAAAAGAAGAGAAUCUAGAAGGUGACGUAAAGACGACAGCCAACGGUAAGGAUGACGAGACCGGCGGUGAUGACUCCAAAGAUGAAAAGGAUAAAACCGAUAGCGAUACUAAAAAGGAGGAGAAUGGUGAGACACACGAUGAAGAUGAAAAAGACGAUGUGAAGAGUAAUGAUAAGGGCGCAAAGAAAGCGCCCCCUAAGAAGAAACCUAAGAAAGAGGAUACUGAGGAAGAAGACGAGGAUGACGAAGAAGAAGAAGAGGAAGAGGAGGAGGAGGAACCAGAGGAAGGAGAUGAAGAUGAUGAAAAGGAGGACAAGAAAACCAAGGAUAAAGUAAAGAAGCCGGCAAAAAAAGCAAAGGGCGAUGACGAUGAAGGUGAUGAUGAUGAAGGUGAAGAGGACGAAGAAGAGGAGGAGGAAGAGGAAGAAGAGGAGGAGGAAGCUCCUAAACCCAAGCCCAAGAGAGAGCCUACGGAGCCGCCAGUACCGUUACCUGCUGGAAAAGGUAUUCCGCUCGGGCACAUCAGCAAUGUGGAAGUAUCGUUGUCGCGAUUCAAGACCCAAGAUCAGAAACUACUACAUCAGUAUUUGUAUGGGCAACUUUGCCUGGAUCGUAAUGUGAAACGCAACAUCAAGAAGUUCAAAGGCUACGAAUGGGCGAUCGGCUCGUCCGACUACAAGGCUAAACUGGAGGAGACCACCAAGAUGGAGCCCAAACAGUUGCGUACAAUGUGCGAAAUGCUUGAUUUGGAUAAAAAAGGGUCGGCGUCGGAGCUGGCGGGGCGGCUGGUGGGGUUCCUGCAGCAGCCCACCGCCAACAGUCCGCACGCGCGCGGCGUGGCGCGGCCCCCGCCCGCCCCCACCUCCACGCCCGGCGGCCGGCCCCGGAGGUCCGCCGCCGUCAAGGUGCAUAACAGAGGUUACUCUGAUGAAGAAUAUGAAACUGAUCCAGAACCGAAAGUCAAAGGGCCGAAGCCCACUAAAGAAGGUUCCGAAGAUUCAGACGGUUCAUUCAACCCGAGUGGCUCGGAGGAGGCGGAUUCGGACUUUGAUCCUGAAGCCGGUGAGGGCGUCGCGAAAAAACGUGCGCCGCGGAGACGAUCCGCCGGGAAACCCACCAAACGGUCCUCCAAGAAGGGCAGCAGCAAGGGGAAGAAAGGAAAGCAGGCUAAACCGAGUCGCGGCAGACGAGCAAAGUCUGAAAGUGACGAGGAAAGUGAAAAAUCUGAGAGUGAAAGCGAUGCAGAGUCCGGUAGCGACGGAGAGGAAUCAGAUGAGCCUAAAGCGAAGCGAGGACGGCCAUCGGUGGUAGCUAAGGGACGCAAGGGUCCGGUCGCAAAGAAUUCUAAAGCAACGCCCGUAAAACGGAAAGCACCUACGCCACCUGCUAAAAAGAAGGCGGUAGCUGGUAAAGCCGCAGCAGGUCGACCGGCCAAGAAGGGGAAGAAGGCUUCGUCCGACGAAGAGUCUGGCGACGGAAGCGAGGAGGACGACGACGAGGAGGAGGCCAGCGACGACGAGAGCGGAGACGACUCGGACGCGCCGACCGACAAGAAGGCUAAACGACCGCCUACUGAUGAGGAAAUAAAGAAGUACGUGAAGCAGAUCCUGGAGGGCGCGAACCUCGAGCAGAUCACUAUGAAGACUGUUUGCAAGCAGGUCUACAGCCACUACCCGGACUUUGACCUCGCGCACAAGAAGGACUUCAUCAAGGCCACGGUCAAGUCGCUUAUAUCAUCGUGAGCGACGAGCCCGGCCGCAUCCUACACAUCUAGUAAGAAACACCACUCCAAACGAAAAUUAGAUUAAUUGAUCCCGUACUGGCGUCGACGCAGUUUUUACACAUUAAUAUUCUAAACGUUCUUUUUUGUUGAUACGAACUUUAAUUUUUUUAAUACAAUACUUUUUAUGUAUUCAGUUCGACGCAGCAUGGGUUGUAAUUUUAUGUUAUAGGUAUAUAAUUCCCUUAGACUAAGUUUAAAAUUAAACAAUUUUAGAUGUGUAAGGGAUGCUUUAUUUUUAACUGUGCCUGU